GGAAAUGGAGGUCAGAGUAACUACUCGUUUGGGAACUCUCUGUGCGAACGGAUUUGCGAAGAGAGACGAAGGGAUGGUCUGCACGGACUGGCCGUACAGUACGGACCCAUCGGUGAUGUGGGAGUGAUGUCCAAUACGGACAAAGCCCUGGUCUGGUCUACACUCAAGAAACAGCGGAUCAACUCGUGUUGCGAUGUUUUGGACAAAUUGCUGGCUAUUAAUAAACCGAUUGUCACUUCAUAUAUAAAAGUGGACCAAAAGAAAGAGACGGGUAAUCGACAGACCCGAAUGGUCGGGGAGUUAUGGCGGGCACUGGGCAUAGACCCGGAGACCACGCCCAACCACCUGACUCUGGGCGAGAUAGGGCUAGAGUCGAUGUUUGCGGUGGAACUACAGCAGGAAAUGGAGAGGGAAUGGCAGAUAAAAAUGAGUAUAAAUCAGGUGAAGAGUAUAACAGUGGGAAUGCUGAAGGACUACCAAAACGGGAACGUU